UAUGUUGCUUUGAAUUAAUUGAAAGGUGAAAGUUCCAGGAAGUAUACCACAAUUGAUAAUAUACAUAAAUUGUAUCUGAUGAGAAUGAAAGUAUUUUCAACCGAUGUUUUUGAUUUACUUUAAAAAGCAUGAUUUAUUUUUUACAGGUGUUGAUCGUAGCUUGUGGUAAAGUAAUCAAAGUGUAUUUGUUAAAACAUUACAACUUGUAUUUAAGGAUUUGUUUGAUGCGUCAGGGCUCAGAAAGCCAGAGCAUCAAAAGCUGCAGCAUGGCGUUUCCCACGAUCGCAACCAUUCAGCCGCACACAACAUUUCACCCGAACUCCACUCUUCCGGACUCAACUCUUCACCCAAACUUCACUCUUCAUCCAAACUCGACUGUACAGCCUCUUGUUGUCGAGUCCAUAUACACCUACCCAGAGCUGGUCUUCUGUGCAGUGGGGUUCUCUGUCCUGAUUGUGGGGACUUUCUUCGGUAACAGCCUGGUGUUGGUUGCUGUGGCCCGAACACGGAAACUCCGGAACGUCACCAACGUAUUUGUUGUCAACCUGAGUGUGUCUCAUGUUCUGCUGAGUUUCGCACUCCUGUGGAGCGUGCCGGCAAUGGUGAGUGAAACACCGGGCUACCCGUUACAGUCCGACGUCCCGUGCGUUGCGGCGGCUGUACUUAUGUUAAUUGCGUGGGGAACAUGCGUGUUCACCCUUGCAAACAUCGCCCUAAACCGGUGCAUCCUGAUCACUAGGCCUAAGGAGACCUACCAGUGUCUGUACACACCCAAGAAGAUUGCACUGAUGGUCUUGGGCUCUUGGCUCGUUCCCCUCUGCACCACCGUGGUGCCACCGCUUUCCGGAGUCGGCGAUCUCGGUUUCGAUCCUGAAAGUCGAACUUGUUCUGACAUUGAAACCCACCCUAAAGAUGUUACCUACGAUAACAUCCAGUUUGCACUCUACUAUCCGCUUCCUGCCGCCGUGGUCCUCGUCUCCUACGUCCUCAUCUGGAAACACGUCAAGAAACAUUUCAGGAAGUACCAGCAACAAAUGUGCGAGCGUUUGCAGUCUUCCACAGUCGUGCAGACAGCUCCUUCGUCCAUCUCCAUGCUUGAGAUAGACGACAGCACCUCGAGGCGCACCCGCAACCAGCAGGCAUCGCUUCGACGCACCGAGAGUUCCCGUCAGCUGACUAGCAGCAAGAACGACCAACUGGCAAUCACCAAGAACCUCUUCGUGGUCGUCUUGGCCUUCGUCGUUUGCUUCACCCCUCUCGCCAUCAUGGUGGUUACCAAGAGCCAUCGUUACCAGCUGUAUGGCGCCCUCAUCGUAUUCCUGAGUGGCUGCAUCAAUCCUCUCAUCUACGCCGCCAAGCAUCCACUCUUCGCUCCGGUGCUGCGAGCCAUGAUCCGAUGCCGAUGUUCCAACGACCAGCACGCACAAGCAUGAACCGUAUCCACACCAAAAACAAACGAAAUAUGACAUUUCUGCUUUCAUUUUGAGUCUCAAGUGCCAACGUAUUAUGUUCUGCAA